AUGAGUAAACAUUCAAAUGUACAAAAUAAAUUGAAAAAAGAACUCUCUGAAUACGAACAUCAACGUCUGUCAAUUGAACAACUUGGCAAAUUAAUCUAUUUGGAUGCUAUUCUUCGGGAACUACUUCGUUUUGUACCAGUUGUCGGUGGAACUGUGCGAACAUUGAUUGCCGAUGACCAACUCCCAUCAACUGGUGUUCAAUUGAAAGAAGGUGAUCACGUGUUUAUCCCGUUUUAUAAUGUAAAUCGAGAUCAACGUUAUUGUCCAGGACUAAUGGAUCCAGAUCAAUUUCAUCCUGAACGAUUUCUUAUCGAAACUAAUGAUAAUAAUUAUAAUAAUAAAAUAGAUUCCGUGACAUUUGGUGGUGGUCACUGA